UUACACUGCUGUGCAGCCCUAAUAAAUAUGACGAAAAAUGUAUUUGUAAAAUGAUGCUUAGAAAAGUACAAAAUUAAGUUGAAAGUGAUAAUGUAGACGUUAUUAAAUCGACCACAAAUGUGUGAACGUUAUCAGCGCGUAUCAUACACACGAACAUCGAACUCUUGUGUUUGUUGUGUUUUCUUUUAAAUAGAAAAUCGGAAGCUUCUGUCCUAAUACCUGAAUGCAGUGCGAAGAGUGUGUUUUAUUUAGUAUAUUACUAAUUGUGUAUAUAAUUAAAAGCACGCUGGGGCCAGCGUAAAGUGACAAAAGUGGUAGAAAGGUGGGAGAAGCCGAAGGCCCCCCAUUACUCAUUCUCUAUUUUUGCUGCGAAACGACAAGCAAAACGAAACCAGAAACAGCAACAACAAACGCAACAAAUGAUUGUUACAAAUAAGCAAAGUUGAAGUUUAAGCAAUCCCAGAGUGCAGACCCAGAGCAAGCUUGAAGAUGGAGCAUCCACUGAUAGUGCAGGCCGAGUACUCCUUCAUGGGCAGCAACAACGAUGAGCUGUGCUUCAAGAAGGGCGACGUCAUCACAGUCACACAGCGCGAGGAUGGCGGCUGGUGGGAGGGCACACUGAACGACAAGACUGGCUGGUUUCCCAGCAACUAUGUGAACGAGUGCAAGGCGCAGCUGCCGCUCGCCGAGACCAUACGUCCGCCGGAGGAGAUACAGGAGUAUCGCUCGGUGGUGCUGAAGGACCUGCUCGACUCGGAGCGUGCCCAUGUGGCGGAACUGCAGGGUCUGCUCGAGAACUUCCUAGAGCCCAUGCAACAGACGCAAAUUCUCAACCAGGACGAGUAUGCCCAGCUGAUGUGCAACUUUGUGGAGAUUGUGAGGACACACGAGGAGCUGCUCAUACAGAUCGAGGAGUGCAACGAUCGCGUGGGCAAGCUCUUCCUCACCAGCGCCCCACUCAUGAAGAAGGUCCAUCAGGCCUACUGUGCAGCCCAUCCCAAAGCCAUAGUCAUAUUGGACAAGUACAAGGAUGAGCUGGAGAAGUACAUGGAACGGCAGGGAGCGGCCACUCCAGGCCUGCUCGUGCUCACCACGGGCCUUUCGAAGCCCUUCCGGCGGCUGGACAAGUACUCGGCCAUGCUGCAGGAGCUGGAGCGGCACAUGGAGAGCAGCCACCCCGACCGUGGCGACACUCAGCGCAGCGUGGCCGUGUACAAGGACAUUGCGGCCACCUGCUCGGCCACGCGUCGCCAGAAGGAGCUGGAGCUGCAGGUGCUGACAGGGCCAGUGCGCGGCUGGCAGGGCCAGGAGCUGAGCACCCUCGGGGACAUCAUACACAUGGGCAGCGUGGCUGUGGGCGCUGACCAUCGGGAUCGCUACUUUGUGCUGUUCCCCCAAACGCUGCUCAUCCUGAGUGUCAGUCAGCGCAUGAGCGCUUUUAUCUAUGAGGGCAAACUGCCGCUCACUGGCAUAAUUGUGCACCGGCUGGAGGACACGGAUGCCAUUAAGAAUGCCUUUGAGAUCAGCAGCCCACUGAUUGAUCGCAUUGUGGCCGUCUGCCAGGGACCCAACGAGGCUAACAAGUGGGUGGAGCUGCUGAAUGCCAACAAUCCCAGUCUGCCGAUGGGCAUCAAGCGGCAGCUGAGCAACCUGAGCAACUCCUCGAUGGGACAGCUGAAUGCGGCGCAUCUCAGUCAGCACUUGGACUCGCGCGGCUACUGCACGCGAUUCUCGCUCUGCGCAUACUACGCCAGCACGCCCAGUGAGGGUAAUGCCCGAGCAGCGCGCACGACGCUGCCGCCCAGCAACUAUCCACCCACGGCGCCCUAUGCGAAUCUCAGUGCGCACUUUGCCCGGCUGGUUAGGGCCGGAGGACUGAGGAGUGCGAUUGUCAAGAUGCUGCUGUAUCCACAGGCUCGCCAGAGCAUCGAUCUCAUGCGCAUUGCGCUGCGCAAGAAGCGCUGCCACAAGGCGGCUGCCAAGCUCAAGGAUCUCAAUGAAAACGGCGAGUCUGGGCAGUCGGAACUGGAGCGGCAGGAUGCCAUUGAGUUGCCCACAGACUCGGAGAGCUAUGAGGAUGACUUCGAUGAUGAGUAUCUUCAUUCUUGCGACUCGGAUCCGUUUGAAUACGUUCAGUUUUAUCAGAACAAGAGGAACGACUCCCUCUGCAACUCCACUGGCACCUUUGUGGACCAUGGGCUGCCCAGGAGACACUGUUCGUCCAUUAAUCUCAUCAAGCUGGACUCGAUUGAUGACCAGGAGGUUCUGGCACAGAAUGAGCUGAAAAAGGAGUCGCUCAUCAUUGGUUCCAGGGCUCUGCGGGCACUCGCUCGCAAGUCAUUGAAUCGGAAUUCCAGCGUACACACUUCCACGGCCACUCUGGAGCUGGGUGCUGGCGGCAGCAUCACAAGUUGUGUCGCGGAGGAGCAGCCAAAUAAGUCUUUCACCCUACAACAGCAGAGCUCCGAUGCCAGUUCCAUGUAUGCAGCCCGACUGGGCGGCGCCUUCACUGCGUGCGAGAACCUGGCCAGCAUGCCCGAUGAUCUCAGCCUCAGCCAGGUGCAGCGCGAACAGGAGGCAACCGCUCCCCUGCCUGCCUCGCCAACGGAACGGCACAGCAUGCCAAGCAUUUUCGUGGGCAACCGCUUCAAUCUGUCGAAGAACACAGAGGUCUAUGUGCCCACGUGGAAGGAUCGGCAGGAGAUGCAGAACCAAAGUGUUGAGGCGGAGCCAGAGGAUGGCGUGCACUCCAGCUCGCUGGAUCUACCCGCUGCCUGUCUCACUGCACCUGACAAAAUGCAAGCGGAGUUGCUGUACAACUAUGACGAGGCGCUGGCCACCCUCGAGAAUCCGCUGCAGUUGCAGCGCGAAAGUUUACCCUUCCAGAGUCACAAUCUAAACUCGGAUAAGCGGGUCUCCCACAAGAGCGACAGUCCCGCGUCUGCCAAACCUCAAAGAGAAUCCAGCCAGGCGGCGCGGAGCAGCUCAACGACCGAACUGUGCAUUGAUACCGCCUCCAAGAAGCGUGAAGCCGCCACAGAGCACAGCAGGGACUCGAUUAGGCGCUGCAUUAGCUAUCAGUUUCUGCAGAUGUCGAACCGACCACCGCCGCCGAAUCCGCCACGUCGCGAUGCAGAUCUCCACUUGCACUCGAAGUGUCGCUGUUGCGAGAGCUCCCAGUGCCCCAGUCCGCGCUCCAGUGACAGCGGCAUGGCUGGCAGCUGCACCAUAGCCUCGCCAGAUCCGCCCAAUCCAGAGUCCUAUUUUCCAAUGUGUGCCACAGGCCAGGAUGUGCUCGAUGACAGCGGCAAGUCCGGCGAGCGCUUUGAUGUGUGUGGCAUGUUCCGUGAUAAGUUUCUGACGCCAGAGGCAACGCAGGAGGAGGCGGAGCCAGGCGAGGAGCUGGCAGAAGAACCAACGACACCCACGAACCAAAAGGCAACCCAAGAAGAGGCUUCCAUUGUCAGCACAACGCAGAUUCAAGUGAAUGCCAGGAGCAUUUAUCUGCCCUGCAGCGCCAGCAUGGACGAGACGCACACCACUUCGGCAACCGAUCCUCUGGUCAGCUCCAGCUCUGUGGGGGAGCUGGACACCGCACCACGCGCCACCUUUCGCUCUGGGAUGUACGCGCACUGGUGGAAGAAGGAGCGUCUGCCGCCGGAAGUGGUGCGGGGCAUAGCCCAUGCGUACAACAAGAGUCUGCCGUCGGUGCAUGACAGCUCCAAGGACUCCAAGGACUCGGGAUCAGUGUGCUCCAGCUGCUUCUGCUCGCUGGGUGCCAGCGGGUACAGCGAGGGCGCCCUGUACUGCUCAGUGUGCCAGAACUGCGUGGACUACUACAAUGGGAGCACCACCAGCACUACGAACACCACCACCACCACAGCCUCGGCCUCCUCUGGCUGUCCGCUGUGCAGCGAGGAUGAGGCGUCGACCCGCCUGUCCGCCGCACGCGGGGCAUAUGCCAGCGAGCCAGCCUACUCCUCCUCGCUCGACUGUCCCAUUUGUGCGGCGCGCGUCUCUUUCGCGGGCGAAGAAGAUGUCGCCGCCAUCGAGCCACAGCCUGCUGCUGCUGCCUCCACAGGCAGGCGGCCGUCAGCAGGUGCCGCCCGUUCCGUCGGGCAACAGUCUGCAGGGCUCUCCGGCCGCCAACUCGAUGUCACAACACAAACGGAGCCAGUCGUUCAACCACCACCUGAGCUACAACCAAUACACGCACACUCAGCCUCCACCACAUCUUCUGCAUCCGCCACAACCACCAAGUCUACCAAGUCAUCUGGGGGCGGCAGGCCACAGAUCAAGUUCAGCCCAGACACCAAGCAGCAAGACAGCAGCCCAGGCACCAGCGGCGGCAGCCAUGGACGGCAGCCCGGCGGCACUGCAAGCAGCAGCGGGAGCAACGGGGGGGCCAAGCGCAAGGAAAGGAAGCACAAAGGCUAACUGGACCAUCAGCUGCUUGCGUCCCACGCCGCCGCUGCGUCCCAGUUUGUUAAAUGCAAGUGGCAGUGGCAGUGCUGGCGGUGGGGGUGGUGGUGGCGGCAGCAGUAGUUCCUCCAACGCCCUAGCCAGCUACUGCAGCGGUCG